CCCGAGUCCCGCGUCUGGACGGUGAUGUUGCUGCUGGGGACGUGCCUGCUGUACUGCGCCCGCGUCACCGUGCCCAUCUGCGCCGUCGCCCUGAGCACCCACUUCGACUGGGACAAGAAGCAGUCCGGCAUAGUGCUCAGCAGCUUCUUCUGGGGCUACUGCUUGACGCAGAUUAUCGGAGGACAUAUCAGCGAUCAGGUAGGAGGUGAGAAAGUCCUCCUCCUCUCGGCAUCAGCCUGGGGGUUCCUCACGGUCCUCACGCCGCUGCUCACCCACGUCACGUCUGCCCAUCUGGUUUUUAUGACCUCCUCCAGGUUCCUCAUGGGGCUGCUGCAAGGGGUGUAUUUCCCGUCCCUGGCCAGCCUGCUGUCCCAGAAGGUCCGGGAGAGCGAGCGAGCCUUCACCUACAGCACAGUGGGGACUGGCUCGCAGUUUGGGACGCUGGUGAUCGGCGGUGCAGGAUCUCUCCUCCUGGACUGGUACGGCUGGGAGAGUGUUUUCUACUUCUCUGGUUUGCUCACUCUGCUCUGGGUUUACUGCACCUGCAAGUACCUCCUGAACGAGAAAGAACUCAUUAUCCCCAUAGACUAUUUAAUGAGGGGCCUCUCGAUAUCCAGGCAGACCAAAGUUCCCUGGAAGCAGCUGUUUAAGAAGGCACCGAUAUGGGCUGUCAUCAUCGCUCAGCUUUCCACAGCCAGCACGUUCUUCACUCUCCUCUCCUGGCUGCCAACUUUCUUUAAGGAAACUUUCCCCGAGUCAAAGGGUUGGGUGUUUAAUGUAGUCCCCUGGCUGGUUGCAAUUCCGACAAGCUUGUUCAGCGGAUUUCUGUCUGAUUAUUUAAUCAACCAGGGCUACAAAACCAUCACCAUUCGUAAGUUCAUGCAGGUCAUCGGCUCUGGUGUCUCGAGCAUUUUUGCUUUGUGCCUGGGCCAGACCUCCAGUUUUCGCAAAGCGAUAGUGUUCGCCUCCGCCUCUGUCGGCCUUCAGACCUUCAACCACAGUGGCAUUUCAGUAAACGUACAGGAUCUGGCCCCCUCGUGUGCUGGCUUACUGUUCG